AGCACACCGACCAUCCCCUACCGCUCUCAUUCCGACAAGCAAUGCUCCCAAUAUGACAUCCCAAGAAGUGCCCAUAGACGCUAAAGUUCAAGUCUCGGCGGGCAUAGGCUAUGUGCGUUGGACUGGCGCGAAUCCUGGAUUUGCAGCUGGCAAGUGGGUCGGUGUCGAGCUGUUCGAAGCAGGAGGUAAAAAUGAUGGUUCAGUAAAGGGUGAGAGAUACUUUGAAUGUAAGCCGAAUCAUGGUGUGUUCGUGAGACCAAGUCAAGUCAGGAUAUUAGAGGCGCCAAUGCCCACAGAAACACCGCGUCCACAAUCAACAAGACCCUCUGCUACGCCUUCGGCACACCGGCUAACAUCCGCUUCGUCGGCUCGGGCGGCUUCACCACAAAAACAACCAACCACGCGCUCGACAGCACCACCUACCCCUUCUCAGACAUUGCGAGUUGUGUCAGGCUCCUCAUCAAUAGAAGAUGUCGUACCCUCCACAGCCCCAAUGACAAGACGAGUUUCGAAUUCUUCAUCUUCAAGACCAUCGCAAGGGAUUUUCAAACGACCGCCGUCAGUAUUGGAUGCGAGAGCUCUGACUAUUGCUACGGAAGAUAUAGAGCAUGUGGCCGCACAUUCAAUAGUCUCCCCCCCUCCAGGAAGGAUAUCCUCACCCACGCGACGAGUGGUUUCCCCAACACCAAGCAUUUCUCAACAAAGUCGAACGCGGUCCAUAUCAUCUGCUUUCGUAGCUCCUCCGGAUCCGGCAGCCCUUGAGCAGGCCAGUACGCAACCGCAAUCAUUGUCGAGACCACCCUCACCUGAUGAGGAACAUACUUUAUCCGCUCAAAAACGAGAGCUAGAGGAACUUCGUAUCAAGAUUCGAAUACUGGAAAGCAAGAAACACGAAGAUCAAGAAAAAAUUCGAGAUUUGGAGACCCGAGUUGGCGAAGCAGACUCUUUGAAAGCAGCUCGUGUGCGCUUGCAAGCCAAAUUCCAAGAAAUCCAAUCAUCUCUCCUCACGGCCCAACGUCAGGCACGCGAUCUCCAAUCUGAAAAUUCCAUCCUUGAGACUCGAGCAGCUGAAGCUCUUGAUCAACUCGAAAUGGCGGCCUUGGACAGGGAAGUGGCUGAGGAGAAAGCUGAGGCUGCUGAAGCGGACAUUGUAAAAUUGGGCGAAAAGGUGGCGGAACUUGAAAUGGAGGUCGCUGUCUUAAAAGAAGAAAACGCGGAAUACGAAAAACCGGUGGGUGGUAUAGAGGGAGAGCGAACGAGUCUAGCCUUUGUGCAGCUUGAAAAGCACAAUGAGCGCUUGAAGGAGGCUCUUAUAAGAUUACGCGACGUCUCCGCUGAGGCGGAAAGGGAUCAUAAGGUCAAAAUAACCGAGCUUGAGAAAGUGCUCACCUCCCAGGAGGACCUUAUCAGUCAACUCGAAUUCGCUGAGGCAAAACUUGCCAACGCUGAAUCCCAAGUUGAGGACCUGAAGCAACAGCUUGAUGACGCCCUUGGCGCCGAAGACAUGCUCGAGCAGCUUACUGAUCGCAAUCUUCAAAUGGGCGAGCGUAUUGAGGAGAUGCGUCUAACGAUAGAAGAUCUGGAGGCCAUAAAGGACUUGAACGAUGAACUUGAGGAGGGUCAUGUAGAAGCUGAAAAACAGUUGAAUGAGGAGAUUGAGGCGUUGACCGCCCAAUUACGGCAGGAAAGGGUGAGAUCAGGAGAAUUGGAUGCGCUUGUUCUGGAUAUGGAGACUACGAUCAAUCAAUUUAGGGACCUUGUCGCAAGCUUGCAAAGCGAACUUGAAACUAUCCGUUUACAACAGAUUACUCGAGAAUCUAAUAUCACCAGCACAUCCAAAGAAUCCCAGGCUCUCAUGAACCUCAAUCUCAAACUUCAGUCAACCGCAGCUAAGGCCCAAUCGAAGACCAUUGACUUGGAUCUCAAGAAGUUGGAAGCAUAUCAACUUGCCGAGCAUCUGCGUAUCGUUCAAGCCUAUCUACCGGAAGCUUACCAUAAAACAGAAGAAGAUUCAACUACUAUGUUCUUGUUUUUCAAUCGUGUUGCCGCCAAGGUGGAUCUGUUGAUCAACGUCAUCUCUCAAAUUCACGGUCUUCCAGCAAGUUUGCAUGGAGCUUCCUCUGAAGCCCUCGUCGGUAUUUGCGAGCUCAUAGGUAAACUGCACCACUUCUCGACCCUCAAUAGGCGAUUCGCAGCUAUAAUGCGCCGAGGAACAAGUGAGGAGUGGAUGGGUUAUGGCAAGUUUAUUGGUGACGUAGGGGGAGUCGAAUCUAGAGUCGAUGUAUGGCUGAACGGAUUGAAGGCCGACGAGUUCAACGAAGGGGAUUGCGCGAGGGAUCUUGGAAGUUUGAUUGCUCAAUUCGAUCAUUUUGCUGAAACCACUUUCAACCAUCCGGUCCUCGAUACUGGCGAGCAGCAGCUAGGUUUGGCGCAUUUAUUUGAUUGUGACCUCGAUAAUUUCGCCGCUGCUGUUGGAUUUGCCAGACAGGCUAUUGCAGCAUUGACUUCCGAAGGAGAUAUUGAGGUUGAAGUGGGAGACUCGUCCCUUGAGGAAGGAGUCUAUGAACCUGUUCAGAGGAUAUUAGACCUUGUGAGGAGCGUCAAAAUCCCAUCUAGCAAAAUGGUGUUGCAAGUCAAGGAGAUCGUUCAGACUUCUUCGGCCUUUCAACCUGAAAUCGAAUUGAUGCUUCGAGAUUUGACCACAUCUGUUUCUAAUGUUGUAGACCUUGCUGUACAGCUUGCACAAAGAAUCGGUCAGCACGUUUCCACUUUGCGAAAUACCAAAGAGCCUCUUCGCUUGUCCGACAUAGAAUCAUUCCUGCAGGAUGUCACCGCCCAAUCUGCUAUCGCCGGUUCAAACGCACAUCCGUGGGAAUUGAUUGCUAUGUUUGUCUCAAAACUCGGGGAAGAUCUGAAUGGAACGUUACCGAAGAUUAAAGAAGCUGCAAAGGACGGGAAGAUAGUCUCUUUGGAAUCAACGCCUCCUUGGCUCGGAAGGGUUGCUUCUAUUAAAGAAGCCGCUUCACACAAUGCUGAUGUUGAAAAGCAAGUGGUAAAGCUUACCGAAGAGGUGAAGGAUAUGCUGAGAGAAAUCAAAAUAAGGGAUCAAAGUCUGCAAGAGUCUGGAGUCAAAGUGGAAACCUUGGAAAGAAGAUUGGAGGCUUCGCGCAAACAGGCCGAUAUCAUUAUCGAGCUGGAGAAUGAUGUUGCCAAGGCGAGGAAGCAGGAGAAAGUUUACGAAGAUGCCAUUGAGCAGUUACAAGCUGAGCAGGAUGCAUUGGAGGUCGAGAAUGCCAGGCUUCGAAAGGGGCAAGUGCAAAGCACGGACAGGCAAGGAAACGGUGUAUCCGCGACACCUGGAUUUGGAGGAGAACCAAUAAUAAUAGGUAAUGGUGCGGGCCUUGAAUCAUCCCAGCUGGCCGAACAGGUUGAGAGCCUCAAGAGCGCUGUUCGCUUCUUGCGCUCCGAGAAUGCCCUGCUUAAAUCUAGGGAGCUCUACAAUGACAUCCACUCGUUGUCUGCCUUGCGAUACCGCUCUGAGCCCCAAAUGCCUGAGCUUAUCUCCUCCAAUGCUCCCACUUCUCCUUCUAGCUCAGAAUCAUCCCUACCGACCACACCUACCCACUCUCCUAUCCGAUCUUUACCAAUGACGAAGCACAUCAUUGGGGUGGAAUCGCGCAUUCUUCUCCAUCAAAUGGCAAAGUUUCAAGCAAGUACAAAGAUUGUAGACAUUUCGAACCUAGGAGGGAAAGAAGGCUGGAGAAGUAGAAAGAAUGCGCCUGAGUUACAAUACAGAGAGUGGAAGAAAAAGGAGAAGAGGUUGGAAAAGAAACUCGAAGGAUUAGUUGGGAGAUCGAAGGGACUAAGUGGAUUGUAAUAGAUGAUGUCGUUGGGCAGCCUGGCCUUACUAUCUUUGGUGAUGAGGAUUGUCCAAAUCAAAUUAUAUACGAGAAUAUUCAUCAGCUGAAGUUUGACUGACGCGAUGUAUUGGACGGUUAGUAUUCGGGCAGAAAAAAAC